AUGAAUUCAUUUCGAAUCCCAUAUACUGAGGGAGUUUAUCCUUCAUCCACUUCCUCCUUUCAGGCUGUCAAUUUAACAUGUGAGAAUGGAUUUAACAUGGUUCAUGAGCCUCACAACUUUUUUCUACUAUAUGGAUACUCUAUUCCAAUGGUAUCUUCUUCACAAUCUGCACAGGGAUCUUCAACUAAUUAUCAAGAAGUUAAUUUUAUAAAUGAACCCUUGUGCUUUUAUAAUAAUGAUUUUCAUAUCAUUUGCAAAGAAAUAUUACCAUCAUCAUUAUGUCUUGACCAAGCAGCAGAAAUUUUAAACAUUAAUAUUCAUAAUCCCGUUCGAAAUAACAGGAAUUUUUAUAAAUUUUAUUAUAAACAACCUGAUACUCUGAAAAUUUAUGAAGUCAUUUGUAAAAUGCUCAAAUUCUGCAAGUUUGACAAUCAGCAGCAAGAAUUUUCCAAAAAAGAUCAAAAAAGUAUCAAAUUUUGUUUAACUAAUUAUUUGGGUCCGAUCACACAAGACAAAGAAAAGACGCAUUCCUGUAAAUGGAAAGAAGAAGCUAUUAAGCAAUUACUGUUUUUUCUGGAAAAAAAUAAGGGGAAAAUUAAUCAACUAGUAACAAAACGUGGUGGUAGUGGUAAUAUUAAAUCGGAACUUUGGAUGAGAGCUUCUAUUUUGCUAUUUCGUAAAGGCUACAAUUAUUCUGCAAAGCAAUGUGAGAUUAAAUGGAAAAAUAUUAAGAAGCUUUCCAAGAAUAAUCCCAAAUCUCUAUAUAAGUUGGAAGUUGAAAAAAUCCUGCAUUAA